AUGAGAUACUCUCUUGUUGCAUCCGCUGGCAUCCUGGGCUGCGCCCUUGCCCUCCCCGCUCCUCAGUUCAUUCCUUUCUUCCCCGGCUUCGGUGGUAGUGAGGGUGGUGAGGGUGGCAGUGUCCCUACCCCUACCGGCCUUCCUGCUGCCGGUGCCACUCCUUCUGGCUUCCCUGGCGGUGGCUUCGGUGGCUUCCCUGCCCCCUCUGGCGGUGCCACUCCCAGCGGCUUUCCCAGCUUCCCCGGCGGUCCCAACGAGCAAGUUCCCGCUCCAUCUGGCACCCCCAGCUUCGGCGACGACGCUCCCUCCGCUUCUGGCUUCCCCGGUGGUGGCUUUGGCGGCGAGGGUGCGGCUCCCUCUGGCAUCCCCAGCUUUGGCGGCGAGACCGGCGAGACCGGUGAAGCUCCCGCCCCUACUCCCACCGGCACCAUGAGCAUCAACGUCAAGCGCCAGUUCGGUGGCCUCGGCGGCGACUCCCCUUCCGCCUCCGGCUUUCCCAGCCUUGGUGGUCUCGGCGGUGACUCCCCCUCUGCCUCCGGUUUCCCCGGCCUCGGUGGCUCCAGCGACAGCUCCGACAGCUCCAGCAGCGGCGGCUUUGGCGAUUGGCUGAGCGGCCUCUUCGGCGGCGGCUCUGACGAUUCGAGCUCCGGUUCCGACUCCAGCUCCGGCUCUGACUCCGGCCUUGGUGGCCUCGGCAGCCUCCCCACCGGUCUUCCUACUCCCACCGGUGGCUCGCCCUUCCCCAGCGGCUUCCCUGACGCCAGCUCCGGCGCCCCCGAUGCUAGCGGUUUCCCCAGUGGUAUCCCUUCGGCCAGCGGCUCUCCCUUCCGGGGUUAA